AAAGGGGCCGCGCACCGCAAGGACGGACCCAGGUGAGCGCGCACAGGUGAGCGCGCACAGGUGCGAACGGGGCGUGUGUGUGCGCGCGGGCGCGCGCGUGGAGGGAGGUGCACACGCGCCAACAGAUGUGCACACACGCGGCUCCAGGUGUGCGCAGGUGAAUCCGCAGGAUCGGGGAAUAUUUGGGGUGGAAGGAAGCAGGUGGCACAGGAACACGUCCAGGCUGGCAGUGUGACACCCCAUGGAGAUAUCUGUAUGGGAUCCCUUCUCCAGCCCACCCAUGGACACCACCAGGAAAACGCCCCAGAUCCCCCAGCUGGGACUGGCUGGGCAGGAGGGGGUGCGGCCAGGGGGGAGGAGGAGCCUCUGUGACAGGUAUAUAAGGCUGCUCCGUGCUCCCUGGAAGAUGGAAUACGCCAAAUCCCUGAGCCAGCGCCUGGCUGCCCCCGUGUCCAAGUGUGUCUCAGCCAGUGCCUCCAUGACCCAGCAGCUGCUGGCCAGCCCGGCCCCUCCAGCCCGGCCCUACCGUGUGUGCAGCUGGGACCGCAGCCUGCGCAAGGGCGUCAUGGCCGCGAGCCUGGCCGAGCUGCUGCGCCAGGCCCAGAGUGCCCUGGAGCUGCCGGCUCCCGUCGUGCUGGUGCUGGAUGAGGACGGCACCGCGGUGGAGACAGAGUCGUUCUUCCGCACGCUGGAGGAGAACACGGCGCUGAUGGCCCUGAGCAAAGGGCAGAGCUGGAGUGCCCCCAAGUCCCGUGGCUACCAGGUGAGCCUGUCCCGCAAGCCCCCGCACAGGAUCGACGUGGCCUGUGUCACCUUCGACCUGUACAAGACCCACCCGAAGGACCUGGGCUGCCUCAACGUCAAGGCCACCCUGUAUGGCACCUACAGCAUGUCCUACGACCUGCGCUGCUACGGCGCCCGGCGCCUGGUGAAGGAAGCCCUGCGCUGGGGGCUCUUCACCAUGCAGGCCACUGGCCACGUCCUGCUGGGCACCUCGUGCUACAUGCAGCAGCUGCUGGAUGCCACCGAGGAGGAGCAGAAGGAGGAGGAGAAGAACCCGCUGCCCCUUCAGAACCUCCUGCCCUGCAGCCUCCCUGCCCUGCCCUACAAGAAGAUGUUGCAGUGAGGGCUGGCUGUCCCCUCCUCUGUCCCCCCACCCCUCGGGGGUCCCAGCACUAGGUCAAUGCCUGGGCAGAGGCUGCCACAGUGCCUGGCACAGCCUCUCCUUGCACUCCGCUGGCUGAGUGUGGCCAAAUCUGCUCUGGAAUAGCUGCUGCUCUGUAAAUAUAUUUAUUUAAGUAAAGUUCUCCUGGAUUCA